AUGGACCGGCUACUGGACAUCCUAACGGGCUUAGUUCCACUACCACCUACUCGCUUUGUGGGGCAUGAGGGUUAUAUUGAUGAUGAGAUGUGGCUGCGCUUGCUUGAGGCCUUACAGCAUAACAAGGAGGCUGUCGGCGUACGCUUGCGAGAUAACACCAUUAAUGAGCGAGGGGUGCAGGCUCUGGUGGGCACCCUGAGGCUUAGCAACUUUACCCUGAAGAGCAUAGAUCUGUCAGGCAACCCUUGCUGCGGGAGCGCUGCACAUGCAUUGCAGGAGCUUGAUGCAUUGUUAAAGCGCAAUCGUGUGAUUAAGAAGCUGCCAAAGACGCCCGCCGUCGGAAGCAGCCACAUGAUGGCUCAUGCGUUGCUAGCAGCAACAUCAGGUCUGACUGCUCAGGGGAUUUCCAUUGAGUUGGAGCAGCGGUUACAGCACCUAGAGGAGGCGGAGGCGACCAUACGCAGUGAGCUUGAGCACGUUCGAAGUUUCAGCUCGCAAUCCGAGGUAUGGCAGAAGAAAAUCGACGCGGCUGGCCAGCAGAUCGCGGCGAUUCUGUCUCUCGUUGACAGCCGCAACCUGACUUUGGAGGCGCGGCUGCAGACGAUGGAGCACUGGAGGGCGAUCGCAGAACAGGCUUGGGCGGGCCAGUCCAAGGUGCUGGAGGACAUGGCGACGCAACUUCACAGCCUCAUGCAUCGAGUCAAUAUCCUUGAAGGACAGCGGGGUUGUGCAGACGCGACGGGUGGCAGGACCAGCAGCAUUGCUAUGAGCGUCCGGUCAUCCGCGGGCCAGGCGGCGGCGCUGGCUUCGCCAGUACAAUCGCCGAGCGCCGCCGUGCUGUUGCAGGAAAUGGCAGCGCUGCGAGAGCGGCUGGCGAAGCUGGAGGCUGCAUCAAUGGAUUAUGCACAUGAAGCAGAAAGGUCGGGGAAGCGGCCCAAGGCCACGGCGGAGGAAGAGCAGUCGCAACAGCAGCAGCCCGAACUGCGGCAAGACGUCGGCAAUGGAACUAUAUCGGAUGGGCCGGGAGCAGCCGCCAUUGGAGGUUGUACUGCUGCUGAUGGUAGUAAUGAAGAGGAUGGCGGCUCCGCCGCCGCCAAGCCGCAGUACCCGCAGCAACGCCGCCAGAACGUCAUGCCCGCAACUUGCCAGCUCGCCGAUGCUGCCCGCAGCAUAGCAGCUGAUCACAAAGUACAGCUGACGCGCAGUGAGUUCGUAUCGGAGCUUUCCUCCCUCGACAACCUCUCACCUGCGCUUCGCAACCAGGACCCUGGAGAGGAUGUAUCCGGCGUCACUGUUGCUGCUGCUGCUGCUGCCAGCCUAAGCCCCUCGCCUGCGGGUGAGCACGCGGCCAAAAGGCACUGCAGCAGUGUCGAUGGCGGCAUUGGCUGUAGCGGGCAAGAGCAACAGCCGGGGCCCACCUUCAAGACCAUGGAAAACCUCCAGGUCAGGCGAAUGGUGGAUGUCCAGCCGCUGCAGGUGCCAAACAGCCCCAUCUUGUGGCACGUCAACAAGUUUGCGGUGAGCCCCGGCUCCUGUGUCAUGACACCCACUCAGGAGCAUGUUCCGGCACCCGCCUUUGCUUGUGCGGAAGGCAAACUGAUGCCUCUGUCCCCGGCAGCCACAGCCGCGGCGCCUUCUAGCCACGGCAGUCAUGGCAGCGCAGCGGGCAGCCAUGGCGUGGCAGAGGACGCGGCCUGCACUGGCUUCGUCAUGUAUGCAGCAGCACAGCGGCUGCGUGACGGCGGGGUUGCACUUGCUGCUGGGAAUGCAGCACAACGGUACGCGCCUGCAGAAGGACCCGACCCACGGGACUCUGUGGACUUUUCCACCCACCUCCGGGUCGCUGUGCCGGGUACCGGCCGGGCAGCGCGCGGCCGGGCGAAAGACGAAGACAAUGACACUGACGAGGAUGCGCUCCACAGGGCGCAUGCUGCAGAGACCGCAGACACCCCAGGACGGAUCGGGGCGGCACCGGGCUCGCCCGGCACGCCCAAAGGAAGCACCUUUUCAGUCGAUGUGGAGACGGUGUCGCUGUCUGUAGCCAUGGCCGGAAGCGCCGCGCGGCCGCGUGCGCCUGCUGCCGCUGACACAACCGCUGACACGCCGCCGCUGACUUGCGCGGGCAGCACCAAGGUUCCCGGCGAGCCGGAGGCUGAUUGGGCGGACGGGUGUCCCGUGGAUCGCAAGGAUAGCCAGCCGACGGUACCUGCUGGUUGCUUUGCCGAGCCGGGCUGGGCAGCCCUGGCUGCUGGCAGCAGCGGCCAGGGCGCCGCGCAACAGGCAUCAAGCCCAGGCUCGAAGGAGGCGACGAGCGAUGAGGGGGCCGUAACAUUGCAGGGGACUGCGGCCGGGAUGAAGGUGCAGGCCCCGGACACCUUGGAUACGCCAGCGGUGUCCGUCCGGCAAUGGGCAGCGUCGACGUCUGCAGUAACACCGGUGGCUGUGGCAGCCUCUGCCCUUGCAUCAGUCGGCAGCCUAACGCCGACCUCCAAGCCGUGCCCGUCCGCCAGCCCGUCACCGCCGGCCGCCACUGCCUCCACCGCCGCAGUACGGCCGGGCCAGCAGCACCAAGCCUCGCCCCCACCACCGGCGCUGGCUGCUGCCGCGGCACGGCGUUCCAGCGCCACAGUGCGGACGUCCCGCCCCGCAUCGGACGUGCAACGAAGCAUCACCGAAUCCAAGACGGCAGCUGGUUGCUGCGAAGGGCACGUCAGCGGGAACCGUCCAUCCCACGCACCUCAUCACCAGCAGCAGGCGGCCACCAAGCGCCUCAUCAUGGCGGCAGCAGCGCUGCAGGGACGUCUGGGGGACAUGCAACAGGGAUUUGGCUGUCCGGGCGGACAGGCGUGCAGGGGCAUUCUAACAGGGUGCACGACUGCGGCAAGUCACUGUCGGAGCGUGGCGUCUCGUGUGGACACCGGCGGUGCUGGCGCAUCAGCCAUGCAUCAACGGUUACUGCCAUACCGUGACAUCUCCCUCAAUCUGCUCACGGUCCCAAUCCAAAUGCCACAUGCGUCAACUUUGCUUUCCAUCGCAGCGCCGGCCAAGCCUGGCGGAAGUACCGCGCCCGCUGCCCAUCGGACAUCGAAGCCCGUCAGUACCAACCCGCACCGCCCAAACAACAGCGCCAACGCCGGCGGCACUGGAGGCGGCGGAAGCACCAACGCCAGCGGCGCCACGUCCGCAAGCACAACAUUCACAGUGACCCGUGGUGCCUCUUCAGGCUCAGGGACUGCGCCAUUGGCAACAAUGUCGAUGCCAACCACACACGACCACCCGUUGCGGCACCUCCCAGGCCAACGCCACCAGAGGAGGACCGAAGGGGGGACGUCUAUGGAGCUGGCAGCGCACGCGGUAACAGUACCGGCCCCUCCCCAGCCUCCCGAAAACGAAGGCUCCCAAGGUUAUUAUGCCCAGUUACUGGGGCAUGUGACAGUGGCUCCUGCACCACAGCUGAGGGGCGAGGCUGUCGCCCGGACAGCGGCACCCCAGGAUGCAGAUGGUGGCGGUAGUACUCGUGCUAAUGGUGGGAGUACCGUGUGGCACGAUGUGCAGUUACCGCGAGAGCUGAGCAAGGAGCACUCAGUUUGUAGUGUUGACACCGGUGGGGAAGGAGGACUUCCAGGCCCACAGCACGGUCAUCUGCACGGUGCAGCAGCGGAGGGCGCCGGCGUGCCACAGCAGCACCUCCAUCAGCCGCAGCACAGCAGCAGGGGUUAUCGGCCUGGCGGUGCAGUUUACCGAACGCUUGUACAAGGCACGGCGGUCAAUGUCGUGUGCCCGCAGGCCAAGGGCGGGCUGGCGCGGACGUCGGCCCGCACCGUCACUAGUGUGGCAGGGGCGACGAAGAGGUGGAUGUGA